CCAAUAAACAGAGGCAAGAGAAUUUAAAGGGUUUUUCUCUGUAACCCACCAAAGCCCCUCUCUUAUAUCUACUAGACCAAAUACAGCACCUUGCAGCCUCCCUCUUUCCCCAUCUCUAUCUCUCUCUCUCUCUCUCUCUCUCUCUCUCUCUCUCUCACCUUUCUUUCACACACAACUCAUAUUCAACAGAAGAAAAAAAAAAAAAAAAAAGCAGAUCCAAGGUGGUGGUUAAGCUGUCAUCCGUCAAUCAAUCAAUCAAACCCUCAAGAGACCAAUCAUCAAUCAAAAUUCUCAAAUUUUUUUUUUUUAUAAAAGAAAAGGAAGAAUCACAUCCAAAAAAUCAUGUCAUCAUCCUCUUCUGCUUCAACCUUGUCCCUCGACCACCUCCCUCCUUCCGAGCAGCUUUGCUAUGUCCACUGCAACAUUUGCGACACUGUCCUUGCGGUGAGUGUUCCUUGCACAAGUUUGUUCAAGACUGUGACGGUGCGAUGCGGGCACUGCACCAAUCUGCUUCCAGUGAACAUGCGUGGGCUGCUUCUCCCUUCGCCCAAUCAGUUUCAUCAUCUUGGUCACUCUUUCUUCUCAUCCCCUAAUAAUUCCCAUAAUCUUCUGGAAGAGAUACCAAAUCCAGCCCCAAACUUUCUGAUGAACCAAACUAGCGUGAAUGACUUUGCUGUACGACCAAGAGGAGGAGCUGAUGAACUUCCAAGGCCCCCAGCUAUUACCAGACCCCCGGAGAAGAGACAGAGAGUCCCCUCUGCGUACAACCGUUUCAUCAAGGACGAGAUCCAACGCAUCAAGUCUGUGAAUCCUGAUAUAUCCCAUAGAGAGGCCUUCAGUGCAGCUGCUAAGAACUGGGCCCACUUUCCACACAUUCACUUUGGUCUCAUGCCUGACCAGACUGUGAAGAAGACAAACGUGCGCCAGCAGGAAGGAGAGGAUGUUCUGAUGAAAGAUGGGUUUUUUGCUUCAGCUAAUAACGUUCGUGUCUCUCCUUACUAAGUGAGAGCUGCAAGCUGCAAGCUGCUGCAGCUUUGAUGUGUUUGUUCUGGUGGUGGAAGAAACGCAGAAUUGUGAUGAUGCCUAAAGUCUAAAAUUAAUUUCUUCACAACGGCCUUAUGUUGAUAACUAUUUAGAUGUAGGCUUAAGAUUUUAAUAUCUACAGUCUGGUUAAAAGAAAAACCCUUGUAUUUUGAAGACUUUAUUAUCCUUUAAUUAUUAUGUUAUGGUAAUAUAUAGCUCACCAGUGUUGCUAGAUGCGGCCAAUCAA